AUGCCUUGCGUGGUAUCGGCGGAAUUUGCCUGCGCGACAACAGGCAUCUUAUACAACUCCGACCACCUUAGAGCAAAGGGCGCCACGCCCACGGCCUCCUUAUACCGCAUGUACGAGUAUCUGGUUGUCGGCUACAUCAUCGGCCUGCGAACAGAGAUCGAAUAUUUCUUCAACCAGCCAUCGUGGGCCGUCUCGGCGAUUCCCGACCCCCAGGACCCCGACCCAGAGCGGUAUGCCAUCCUCGCUGUGUUGCCAUGCUAUUUGGUGACGGCUUUCAACCGCUUGAUUGAGCGCGGGUUACCAAGAGGGAGUCCAGCAAUUAUUGCUGGCAACGCGGCAGAGGAGGCAUUGAGGAGGCGUAAGGUGGUACUCGAGGCAGAACCGAGUUGGGUAGCCAAGGUCCCACCACUGCCCCAGCCUCUGAUCAUACCAGAUCAAUCCAACAACGCGCCAGAAGACGCGGCUAGGGGCAAGCGGUUUUUGAAGAUGAACAUCAUCGCGGAGGAACCCCACAUCCUGUUUGUAUAA